CCGAUGCCAUCAGAAGAGUGCCAGAGCUCAGAGCCAACGGAUCGGAUCAGCACCAUCCCAGGAAAGAAUAAGCACUACGAAUACAAUUAAGUUCGCACUUGAUCUGCUCGAACUGAUCCCUCAGAGCUGCCGAAACAUGUGGCGAGCGAUUCAACAGCGCGCAACAAUCGCGCAUCCGUUCACCAGACAACGCCAUAGUCGCGUGAUUGCCAUUCGGCGAGAGGAUCAGUCGGUGUGGGAGCGACGAGCUCCAUUUGGACCCACCCACGUCCAGAAGUUGGUCAAGCAAAAUGUCAAGGUCAUUGUGCAGCCCUCCAACCGGCGUGCAUAUCCUAUGCAGGCUUACAUGAGUGCUGGAGCGCAUAUUCAGGAGGACAUCAGUGAUGCGUCUGUGAUAUUUGGAGUGAAACAAGUUCCCAUUGAUGCUCUGAUCCCUGGAAAGACAUACUGCUUCUUCUCGCACACCAUUAAGGCGCAGGAAUCUAAUAUGCCCCUUCUGGAUGCUAUUUUGGAAAAGAAAAUCCGCCUUAUUGACUACGAGCGUAUCAUAGAUGAACGCGGAGCACGACAGGUGGCCUUUGGCAAGUAUGCCGGAGUGGCUGGCAUGGUGAACAUCCUGCAUGGCAUUGGAUUGCGUCUUUUGGCCUUGGGACAUCAUACACCUUUCAUGCACAUUGGACCAGCUCACAAUUAUCGCAAUUCUUCGAUGGCUCGUCAGGCGAUCCGUGAUUGUGGCUACGAAAUCUCACUCGGCAUGAUGCCCAAGUCGAUUGGACCACUUACUUUUGUAUUUACUGGCUCUGGAAAUGUUUCCCAAGGAGCCCAGGAGGUGUUUUCGGAGCUGCCCAUUGAAUAUGUUCCGCCCGAGAUGCUUCGCAAGGUGGCCGAACAUGGAAAUCAAAACAAGCUUUAUGGCUGCGAGGUGAGCCGAUCGGAUCAUCUGGAGCGUCGUGAAGGCGGUGGAUUUGAUGCCAAGGAGUACGAUGAGUUCCCCGAACGUUAUAUCUCCACCUUCAGCACGAAGAUUGCUCCAUAUGCAUCGGUUAUUUUGAACGGUAUCUAUUGGGCUGUGGGCAGUCCCAAGUUGAUCAGCAUUCCGGAUGCCAAGAACCUGCUCCGACCGGCAAAUACUCCCUGGUUGCCUACUAGCAAGGGUAGCCCAGCUUUGCCACACCGCAUGUUGGCCAUAUGCGAUAUUUCCGCUGACCCCGGUGGUUCCAUUGAGUUCAUGAACGAGUGCACCACGAUCGACACUCCCUUCUGUUUGUAUGAUGCGGAUAGGAAUAAGGAUACUAAGAGUUUCAAGGGACCAGGAGUUUUGGUUUGCUCGAUUGAUAAUAUGCCUACCCAGUUGCCAAGGGAGUCCACGGAUUUGUUUGGUGAGCUUUUGGCACCCCAUGUCCAUGAAAUCAUAAAGAGUGAUGCCAAGAAGCCGCUGGCGGAGGAGGAAUUCUCGUACCCCAUCCAAUCGGCCAUUAUCGCAAGCAACGGUCAGCUGACCGAGGGCUUCCAGUAUAUUCAGGAGCUCCGAGAAUCGCAGAGCCACCGAUCGCGCCACAAGAUGGAAGGAAGGUCCGAGUCGAACAAGAAGGUCUUGGUCCUGGGAGCUGGCAUGGUAUCCGCUCCCCUCGUGGAGUGGCUGCAUCGCGAGAAGGAUGUCAGCAUCACGGUGUGUUCACAGGUCAAGGAGGAAGCCGAUCGAUUGGCUCAACAGUAUGCCGGUGUGGACAGCGUCUAUCUGGAUGUGAACGAGAGCACUGGUCAUCUUCAGGAGAUGUGCGGCAAGGCGGAUGUUGUGGUUUCCCUACUUCCCUACAGUCUCCAUGGCAUGGUGGCUCGUUAUUGCGUGGCAGAAGGUACCCACAUGGUCACCGCUAGUUACGUGAACGAUGAGAUCUCCGAAUUGCACGAGGAGGCCAAGGCUAAGGGAGUGACCAUUAUGAAUGAGGUGGGACUGGACCCAGGAAUCGAUCACCUUUUGGCACUUGAGUGCAUCCACGAAGUGCAGGACAAGGGAGCCGUUGUUGAGUCAUUUGUGAGCUACUGUGGCGGUCUGCCUGCACCAGAGCAUUCAAAUAAUUCCUUGAGGUAUAAGUUUUCGUGGUCACCCAGAGGAGUACUCCUUAACACCCUCUCCGCUGCCAAAUAUCUGAGUCAGGGCCAAAUAGUGGAGAUUUCUGGAGGUGGUGAACUCAUGUCGUGUCCUCGCAGUCUGGAUUUCCUGCCAGGAUUCGCCUUGGAAGGUUUCCCCAAUAGGGACUCCACCAAAUACGGUUCACUCUACGGCUUGGGCAGGGAUGUGCACACUCUGCUGCGUGGAACCAUACGCUAUAAGGGCUUUUCCGAGUCGAUUAAACCCAUGCAACUUUUGGGCUUAAUCGAUUCUGAGCCACAUGCCUUGCUACAUCCCAGUGGACCGGAUGUCACGUGGCGCCAGCUGGUUAUCCAUUUGAUGGGCAUGUCCGAUUCGAGCAUCUUUUACGAGAACCUCAAGCAGAAGCUGAACGAGCGCAUUGGCGAUGUGGAUGGGAUUGAAAGUCUGGGUCUGCUGGAUGACACACCUGUCGUGAAGCUAAAUACUCCGCUGGAUACGCUUAGCCACUAUCUGUCUAAGAGAUUGGCCUUCGAACGAGAUGAACGUGAUCUGGUGGUGCUGCGCCAUGAAGUGGGCAUCCGUUGGCCCGAUGGUCGCCGUGAGGAGCGUGGCAUCAAUUUUGUGGUUUACGGGCAGCCCCAGGGCCAUUCCGCCAUGGCGAUGACGGUGGGCAAGCCGGCGGCCAUUGCGGCCAAAAUGAUCCUAGAUGGUGAGAUCCAAGAACGCGGGGUCCUGCUGCCCUUCACCCCCGACAUAUACCGCCCAAUGCUGCAACGUCUGCGCUCCGAGGGUCUGACUGCCACGGAGACCUCCAGAUGGUUAAAUUAAGAAGUCUGAACUCAUUGCGACCACAUCCUAGGCUUAAGACUUCAUACUUUUUUGACUGCCCACCGCGUCGUGUGAAAUUUCUUGUCUUAUAUAUCGCUCGGGUUUUUCGUUGUUUGAUAAGAAAAUCAUUACGUUAUCUUAAUACUGAAAUAAGUUUUAUGACUAGAGCUACUUGAAGUGCGUAAACAAGUUGAAGUUGUUGUCGAAAUUGUGAAAUAUGUUUCCUUUUCGAAAAUUAAUUAUGAACUGACUGUAAAUGAUUGCGGAAAUUUUUAUUAAAUGAUAAAAU